CCCCACUAGAACCGCAAACGCGCCCUUCCCUUCGCUCAACGGCGCAUUCACUACCAUACCUUAUUCUUUUGCCUUUUCUCCUCUUUCCUCUCUGUCCGCCUGGCCCGUUCCAGAACUUUCGUCUCCUGGGAAACACCCAAUCCCGUCUGUCCUCUUUCCAAUGUUGACGUGAUCUAAACCUCACCAGCGGAACACCCCUCCCUCCUCUCGCUCAUCCCUUUCACUGGUUUCCAUUGAAAUCAAACUCAGAGCCCAAACCCAAACCAGAGCCGGAACCCUCCCCCUCUCCCCCACCACAACCGCAGCGCAGCCGCCGCCGCCGCCGCCGCCAUAGACAUCGGGCUGAGCCGCAACUUCACCAUUCCACCAUUCCACCUUUUACCACCUUAACCAGGCGACAAGGGCUCCCCAUUCGACUAACGAACCGCCCAGCCCAUUGCGCAAUCGCAAGGCGCUGAAGAAAUCCCACGCGACACCGGACCCACGAACGGCGCCCUGCUUAUUUCGCCUUGUUUUGCCUUGCUCUGCCCUGCAUCGUGAGCCAAGGCCCCUGGUCUAUCAUCUGACGUCUUAUCACAUCCCUCUUGCCCCCUCCCCCUCCCCAUUCCCUCUCCGCCCAAAAAAGACCACCCCUCACAGGGCCAUAGAGGUCGUCGUCACAAUAACUCGGAGUGUUGCUGAACGGUCUACGUCGACUUGAUCUUCUGCCAGUAACUUCGGUCUGAUAACGGCCGCCUUCCAACCAGUAAUCGUUGCUUCGGAACCCCUCCCCUUUUUUGAGGUCCCUUAGUUUUCGGCGUUUACCUCGACAAGCUUUUUCUUCGGUCGUCGUCGUUCGAAAACGCCGAUCACCAGGCAAACCCGGUCGUAGCCGCGUUCACAGCCGCAGCCGCAGCCGCAGUCGCAACCACAUCCAUCCCCCUCCCGCCUACUACGACACCAGAGCAAACCGCAUCACCGCAACCAUGGGUCUCCUAGCCCUCGGAACCGCCCUAGACUGGCCCGAUGCGAAGCAGCGCGCCGGACAGGUUCGGGAGUGGGGUAUCAAGCAAUUAUUGGAGAUAUGGAACAAAGCAAAGAGCAAGGAGCGCGACGCCUUGCUCUGGGGAGACGAGGUUGAAUAUCUGGUCGUCACUUACUCCAAGGAUGACCCAAAGGUCCGCCUCUCACUCAGGCAGGCCGAGAUCCUCACAGCGCUCGCCGAGAGCCCCGACCUCGCCAAGGAGGGAGGCUGCGUGCCCGACCUGCAAGACGUCGCCCGGGGGAAAUCAUCGGUAACCCUCCCUGUCUUCCACCCCGAGUUUGGCCGCUUCAUGCUCGAGGCGACCCCCGGCAAGCCCUGGGGCAUCGGCCUCAAGGAGCUCCUCGAUGUCGAGCCCGACAUGAAGCUUCGCCGCAAGAUUGCAAAGGACCACAUGCACGCCAACGAAUACCCCAUCACCCUCACCACGUUCCCGCGUAUCGGCUGCCCCGGCGACUUCACGGAACCCUACUACCCGCCCUCUGGACCCAAGCUGCGCUCCCAGUUCGUCCCGGACGAGAUUGCGAACCCGCACAUCCGCUUCCCGACCCUCGCCGCCAACAUCCGCUGGCGCCGCGGCCGCAAGGUCCAGGUCAACGUGCCCGUUUUCCACGACCGCAACACCCCGAACCCCUGGCGCGACCCGACCGUCAACUACGACCUGCACAACUGGCCCGAGGACGACGACGUCCGCACCGGCGGCGCCGCCCCGGACAACUUCAUUCACAUGGACGCCAUGGCCUUCGGCAUGGGCAGCUGCUGCCUCCAGAUCACCUUCCAGGCCAAGAACAUCACCGAGGGCCGCAAGAUGUACGACCAGCUCAGCCCACUGGGACCUAUCCUGCUCGCCCUGACGGCCGCUACCCCGGUCUACAAGGGCUUUCUCGCCAACACGGACGUGCGGUGGAACCAGAUCAGCCGGGCCGUAGACUGCAGGACACCCGAGGAGCUCGGUGAGAAGCCCCUGAAGAACGACCGCUGGCGGAUACCCAAGUCCCGCUACGCCUCCAACUCGACCUACAUCUCGACCGACCCGCGCCUGCGGCCCGAGUACCUGUCGCCGGACCUCGUCAUCGACGAGGACAUCAAGGCCAAGCUCAUGGAGGGCGGCAUGGACGACCGCCUCGCGACGCACUUUGCCCACCUCUUCAUCCGCGACCCCAUCGUCGUCUUCGAGGAGGAUCUUCAGGAGCUCGACCUCGGCAAGACGGACCACUUUGAGAACUUGCAGUCGACCAACUGGCAGCACAUGCGCUUCAAGCCCCCUCCGGCCGACAACAGCAUCGGCUGGCGCGUCGAGUUCCGCCCCAUGGAGAUCCAGUUGACGGAUUUCGAGAACGCCGCCUUCUCCGUCUUCAUGGUCCUCGUCACGCGCGCCAUCCUCUCCUUCGACCUGAACUUCUACAUCCCCAUCCCCCGCGUCGACGAGAACAUGGAGCGCGCCCACGCCGUCGACGCCGUCCUCGCCGAGAAGUUCUUCUUCCGCAAGAACCCCUUUGCCAGCCGCCAUCGCGUCAACAACCUCGGCGGCGACUCCGAGUCGCGGCCUGGCUCGCGGCCCGGCUCCGCGCACCCCAGCCGCCCACCGACGCCCUUCCUUCCCGUCGAGGAGGAGUACGCCGAGAUGACGGUCAACGAGAUCAUCAACGGCAGCCCGGACGGCGACGCCACCGGCACUGGGUUCCCCGGCCUCAUCCCGCUCGUCGAGAGCUACCUCGACGGCGUCAACGUCGACGUGCAGACGCGCUGCGAGCUGGACACCUACCUGCGGCUCAUCAGCCGGCGUGCGAGCGGCGAGCUCGACACGGCAGCGCGCUGGCUGCGCAACUUCAUCGACGCGCACCCGGCGUACCGUCACGACAGCGUCGUCGGCGACGACAUCCAGAAAGACAUCAUCGCGGCCGUCAUCGCCAUCGGCGAGCGUGAGACGGCCGGCGAGGGGUUCGCAGGGCUCGACAUCCACGGCCUGCCGCGGUUGCUCGGUAACUUCCGUCGGGGGGGCUGCGGGGGCUCGGCGUGAGCGUGCUUCCGGGUGUGGCAGAGCUCAGAUGGAGGGGGGGGCAAGUGUCGUUGAGGCUGUGCCGAGACUCGGGUCGGCGAGAGGCAGCAGGGUGUGUACGCCGCCGUUCAGCCAUAGCUGGUCGAUGUACGGCGCCCGCGGACAGGAACUUUCUCUAGGUAAUCAACAUCACAUAGACUCAAAUGCAUAUCGAGAUAGCGUUGUG